GUGGCGCGAGCGGCGAUGGCGGCGCCCGGCUGGCUGCCUCCCGGCGCGCGGCCGGCGGUGCGCGUGGUGGACAUGCACACGGGCGGGGAGCCGCUGCGCAUCGUGCCGGGCGGGCUGGAGCCGGGCCCCGCGGGCCCCACGCUGCUGGCCCGGCGGCGCCACAUGGGCGCGGCGCUGGACCACGUGCGGCGGCUGCUGGUGCACGAGCCGCGCGGGCACCGCGACAUGUACGCGGCGGUGCUGGUGCCCAGCGAGCUGCCGGCCGCCCAGCUGGGCGCGCUCUUCCUGCACGGCCAGGGCUACAGCACCAUGUGCGGCCACGCCGUGCUGGCGCUGGGCCGCUUCGCCCUGGACGGCGGCCUGGUGCCGGCGCCGCGCCGCCCCGAGACCGCGGUCACCAUCCACUGCCCCUGCGGGCCCGUCACCGCCUUCGUGCCCUGGGACGGGCAGCGCAGCGGCAGCCGCGUCCGCUUCCACAGCGUGCCCGCCUUCGCCGCCGCCGCAGAUGUGAAAGUUGAUGUUCCUGGCCAUGGGAAGGUGGUGGUCGAUAUUGGAUAUGGUGGUGCUUUCUAUGCCUUUCUCAGUGCUGAGAGAUUGGGAUUAGAUGUUUGUUCUUCAAAGACUCAGGAUCUUGUAGAUGCAGCAAGUGCAGUAACAGAAGCAGUAAAGAGACAGUUCAAACUUCAUCACCCUGACAACGAAGAGCUUGCUUUCCUCUAUGGUACUAUAUUAACAGAUGGAAAAGAUGCAUUUAGUGAUGAACCAACAACCAACAUCUGUGUGUUUGCAGAUGCACAGGUCGACAGAAGUCCUACAGGCUCAGGUGUAACUGCGCGCAUUGCCUUACAAUACCAUAAGGGACUCAUCCAGCUGAAUCAGACCAGAACCUUUAGAAGCAGCUCAACUGGUUCCUUGUUCACUGGAAAAGCCGUGAAGGAAGCAAAGUGUGGUGACUAUAACGCUGUUGUAGUAGAAGUCUCAGGAGAAGCCUUUUAUACUGGAACAGCAACCUUUGUUGUUGAAGAGGAGGACCCACUGAAAUAUGGAUUUUCUCUAAAGUGACCUUUGCCAUCAUUCAGUUGCCAGCUUUUAAAUAGUAACCACUAUCAAAAAGAUGAUCUUUGUAAUCUGUAGGGGGGAAAUAUAAAUACACCAUAUUUACUUAACUCAUAUUUUCCUAAUAGACUGCUGCAUCUAUGGAUGGUUAAAAACAGUCAUUUAAAUAUCAUAGAGCAGAGCUAAAAAAACCUUUCCUGGUAUGAUUACUUGUAUUACAAAUAAAGAUCACAGGCCACAUUAUUCUGUAGUUAUUAGCAUGUAUUAUACAAGUCCGGGUCUGUUUGAAACUGCAUUUACAAUUCUAUUUCAAAUGCUAGAUAGUAAACAAAGCUAAGCUUGAAGGGGCAAUUUCAAAUGUAAGUGCCUCUUGUAAAGACAUUAUGUACUUUAAACUCUGCGUCAGUGCAAGAAUUCUAUUAAAAUGCAGUAUUCUGACCUCA